AACAAACGCACCUAUUGCCGUUCACAUUUCUGUACAAAUCCCUACCAACCAUUGUCAAACAAACACCUUUUCCCUCAUAGUCAAACAAACAAACAUCUUCCAAUCACCCUUUGUCCUUUAUUCUUCCAAAAACUCAAUCAAUCAUCUCAAAAAGUUUGAAUUGUUCUGCAAUCUUUCAACAACAGGAACUUAAAUUCUUACAUCAAAUCUGGAUAUAAAGAGGCAUUUGUCUCUUGCACAUGUCAAAAACUGGGAUCCAAUAGGACCCAAAGGACUUGUUUCAGUCUGGCAGCUACCACAAAUAUAAACUGUGCUCGCGCCACGAAACCGGUGGUGGGUGAUAACAAUGAAGGAGUGAGUGUACUUUGUGUGUUGAGGGGAUCAAGAUCAUCACAUGUUUGGAGAUUACGUCAUGUUUUGGUUGGCUUGUCGCUUGACUACGGCUAACACAACUACAAGUCAACACGGCCCGCUUGACCAAUAUGUUUAGGUUCUCCUGCUUCCAUUCUCCCGCUCAUUCACUGAAACCAAAGAAAACUGUCAAAUUGUCGACUGAAGCUAUGCAAAAAACACUGGAAGAUCACAACAAAAAUAAACCUUACAAAGAUCCUGUCUUUUCCAAAGAAGUUCAUGAAGGCGAUAAUGCGAAUCCAUUUCCAUCGUCAGCGGGUCAAGACGGAAAAUCUGAAGGGCUUAAAAGCCGGAAUGACACCGAUAGUGAACACAACCAAGAAAGCAGGGGAAUGAGAAAGUGCGUGUCGCUAGGAGCUGGCCUCGCAGCCUACCAGGACAUGACGUCUGGCGAUUAUUCGUCUUCUUCUUAUGGUAAUCGUAGUGGACACGAAUAUCAGAACACCCGGGCUUCUGUUUCUCCUCAAAUAAGCUCGAAUAUGGUUAAUCAUGCAUCAGAUUUGUCACUUGAUCGCCUACCACGAUCUGAUGAUGAAGUUGGUGAUAAUUCUGAGACGCGCCUUUCUGGUUCUAGCAGCCGUACACCAUGCGCCUCACACGCGUUUGUGAAGUCUAACUCAUUGCCGUAUAUGCAUUUGGCUCACACCAAUGUGGUUGAUAACUUGAUUGAUAAUAAUGCUAACGAAACUUUGUUGGAACAUGAAGUUGAAAGUGAUAAUGUAGAUCAUGCCGACAAAAGUGAUGGUGAUGAAGAAUACGACUAUGCGGGUUCCGCAAAAGACUGGAUUGUCCCUCCUGUGGAUGAAACAGGCAAGGGCAAAAGUGUCCAAGAAGAUUAUUCGGGGUGUCAAUGGGAGGGAUUGCCAAAUGAGGAUUUCAAGAUAAGACGGAUUGAGAAAUGGAUUAUGGAUCUCCAGCAUUCUUCUUCAUUGGAAGAAACUGACACGCUUACGGACCUUGAUCACCAUGGGCAAAAUGAUAAUAACACUACCUUGGAUCCCAUACCAGCUUCAAAAAAUGAUGCUAAGUCUGUUCUGGGCAUGGAUGCUGCUAAAAGAUACAUUUCUUCUUUGAAUGCUGCAGCCACAUCGGCUCAGCUUGCAAACCAUGGGUUAGUCGUGAUCCCGUUUCUGAGUGCUUUCUCGAGCCUCAGGGCUCUUAAUCUUUCAGGAAAUUCAAUAGUGAGAAUUACAGUGGGUGCACUUCCUCGUGGUCUGCAUAUUUUGAAUCUGUCAAAGAACAGUAUCUCCACCAUUGAAGGGCUUCGAGAACUCACGAAACUACGUGUACUUGAUCUUAGCUACAACCGGAUCCUCAGAAUUGGGCAUGGUCUUGCAGCAUGUUCUUCAUUGAAAGAACUAUACUUGGCAGGAAACAAAAUAAGUGAAGUGGAGGGUCUGCAUCGUCUCCUGAAACUAAGCGUGUUGGAUCUGCGUUUCAACAAGCUGUCCACCACAAAAAGCCUGGGACAGCUAGCAGCAAAUUACAACUCUUUACAAGCCAUCAGUCUGGAGGGCAACCCUGCACAGAAAAACAUAGGAGAUGAACAACUGAGGAAGUUUGUUAUUGGUCUUCUGCCUAAUAUUGCUUACUUCAACAGGCAAUCAAUCAAAUCUGGUGCUUUGAAAGACUCGGCUGACCGAGCUGCCCGACAUGGGAUUUCUGCACAUCAAGUUGACCGUGGCCUAAGGUCAGAAUCGAAAAAGUCAACACAUGGGAGGAGAGGGCGUAAUGUGAGGCUGCCACCAAGUGGAGUUAAGGCGAUAGGGGAUCGACAACAGUUUCCUGAUGUGAGUAGCCAACUUGUGAGCUUCAGGCCGGAUCUUGCUAUGCGAAGAGCUCAUAGUGAAGGGUUGCUGAGAGCGAUUUGAGAUGGAAGAACUAACAAACUUUGAUCCGGGUCACUUUUUCAAGAGUUUGUACCUUGCUUGUUUGAUAUGACAUGAUCAUUUAAAAUUUUCAUUGGUGUUAGUUUGGGAACACAUUUUUUUUUGUUGGAAUUUUAAGUUUGCUUAAUUAUUUGAUGCAACCAAGCAAUGAAAACAUA